GUAAAACUAACUUUGAAAACCUUUUGAGGAAACACCAUUGUAUUCUUCUAAAUCCUGCUGCAGAUUUAACAGUUUUCUCCACAAAACACUGUUCAGAACCGCAAGAAUAAAAUGACUACAAGUACAAAGGAUCUCAUCCUUAAAGAGCUAGAAGAAUUACUUCAAGAAGAGUACAGAAGAUUUACAUGGAAACUGAGAGAUAUGGGACUGAAAGAAGGAUAUAAACACAUUCCUAAAAGCCAGUUGGAAAAUGCAGAAAGAAUUGAUGUUGUGGACAAGGUGAUUGAUUUCUAUGGUGAUGAUUAUGCUGUGGAGGUCACAGCUGAAACCCUGGUUGCCAUCAACAAGCUUGAUCGUGCCGAUAGACUGAAGAGAGACGUACAAAAGUUCACAGAAACUGUAGGUAAAAAUCCACAGACCUUGUCUGCUGACACUCCAGUAACCAGAAGCAGACUCCCAGUUGCCUUACAAAGGCUGAAAGAUGACCACAAAUCCUUCCUAAAAAGAAAGUUUGAAUGUGUAUCCGAAUGUAUUGCUAAACCUGGGGAGCAAUCUCUACUCAGUGAAGUGUUUACCAAAGUACACAUGACAGAGGGUGAAUUUGGAGAGCUGAACUACAAGCAUGAGGUGAGAGAGAUUGAGGUAGCAUCCAAGAAAGGAAGAUCACAGGCUCAACCCAUCAAUUGCAAUGACAUUUUCAUACCAAGUGAGAGAAGUCCCAGAAUAAGGACUGUAUUAACCAAGGGGAUCGCUGGCAUUGGAAAAUCCUUCUCGGUUCAAAAGUUCAUUCUUGACUGGGCAGCUGGAAAUGACAGCAGUGGAUUUGAUUUCAUAUACAUUUUUCCAUUCCGUGAACUCAAUUUAAUAAAGAAAGAAAUCAGUCUGGUGGAACUUGUUCAAUUGUAUUAUCCACACCUGAAAGAGUGGGAGGAUGUUUCAUCAGCGGAUUCAAAAGUCCUAUUCAUCUUUGAUGGGCUGGAUGAAAGUAGACUUGAGCUAGAUUUUGCAAGCUGUAUGAAGUUGAGUGAUACGAAAACAGCAACUGCCUUGGAUGUUUUGCUGGUCAAUCUUAUAAAGGGAGAUCUGCUUCUCUCUGCGUUUCUUUGGAUAACCUCCAGGCCUGCAGCAACAAGUCAAAUUCCUUCUGAACACAUCAGCAGGGUGACUGAGAUUCAAGGCUUUGAAGAUCAGCAGAAGGAAGAGUACUUCAGGAAGAGAUUCAAAGAUCAAACUCUGACAGAAAAGAUCAUCUCACACAUGAGGACAUUGAGGAGCCUUCAUGUGAUGUGCUAUGUCCCAGCUUUCUGCUGGAUUAUAGCCACUGUUCUGGGACACACAUUGGGUGAGAAUGGCAAUGAGAACAUACCCAGAACCCUGACAGAAGUGUAUACAAACUUUGUGCUUGUUCUGCUGACUUUACAGAAUAAGAAACAUAAAAACAGAGAAGAACUACUGAAGCAAAAUCAGGAAGCCAUUCUCAAUUUGGGGAAGUUGGCCUUUCGUAACCUAGAAAGAAACAAGCUGAUCUUUUAUGAACAUGACCUAAGAGAAUGUGACAUUGAUAUAAGACAGUCAUCAGUUUACUCUGGGGUUUGCAGAGAAAUAUUCAAGGAAGAUCCAACCUUUCUUAAAGACACUGUAUAUUCCUUUGUGCAUCUGACAGUGCAGGAAUAUUUUGCAGCUUUGUAUGUUUUUACAUCAUUUCAAAACAAAACUGCACUGAAAAAACUGCUCUUUGCUUUGUGUAGAUACAGUUUAUGUGAUGUGUAUAACAAUGCAUUGAGCAAAGCUAGUAAGAGCAGAAAUGGUCACCUUGAUCUUUUUCUCAGGUUCCUCUUGGGCCUUGGGAUGGAAAAAAAUCAAAAGCUGUUGAAAGGCCUUUUGUUAAAAACAGAAGACAAUUUAACAGACAUCCAAAAAACAACAAAAUACAUUAAACAGCUGAUUAAGAUGAAUACCUCUCCAGAAAGAAGUCUCAAUCUCUUUCAUUGUUUAAGUGAACUGAAUGACAAUUCUCUUGUUGAGGAGAUCAAGGUGUCCCUGACCUCAGGAAAUCUUUCGAGACAGAAACUUUCAUCAUCAGAUUACUCAGCUCUUGCCUAUGUGUUACUAAUGUCAGAAGAUGAAUUGGAUAUAUUGGACUUGAGCCGUCACUCACUGGGAGACGAGGCUCUGCUGAGACUGAUGCCAGCUGCAAGAUUACAUAAAAGACUGAUGCUGGAGCGGUGUGAUCUCACAGGGGAUUGCUGUGAGGACCUGGCCUCUGCUCUCUGUACAAACCAGUCAACCCUGAGAGAGCUGCAGCUGAGAGGGAAUAAGCUGGGGGAAUCGGGAAUGAAGCUGACUGCUACACUGAAGCAUCCAAACUGUAAACUAGAGAAACUGGGGCUGGAGUGGUGUGGUCUCACAGGGGAUUGCUGUGAGGACCUGGCCUCUGCUCUCUGUACAAAUCAGUCAACCCUGAGAGAGCUGGAACUGAGAGGGAAUAACCUGGGGGAAUCGGGAAUGAAGCUGACUGCUGCACUGAAGCAUCCAAACUGUAAAUUAGAGAAACUGGGGCUGAAGCGGUGUGAUCUCACAGAGGAUUGCUGUGAGGACCUGGCCUCUGCUCUCUGUAGAAACCAGUCAACCCUGAGAGAGCUGCAGCUGAGAGGGAAUAAGCUGGGGGAAUCGGGAAUGAAGCUGACUGCUGCACUGAAGCAUCCAAACUGUAAAUUAGAGAAACUGGGGCUGGAGUGGUGUGAUCUCACAGAGAAUUGCUGUGAGGACCUGGCCUCUGCUCUCUGUACAAACCAGUCAACCCUGAGAGAGCUGCAGCUGAGAGGGAAUAAGCUGGGGGAAUCGGGAAUGAAGCUGACUGCUGCACUGAAGCAUCCAAACUGUAAAUUAGAGAAACUGGGGCUGGAGCGGUGUGAUCUCACAGGAGAUUGCUGUGAGGACCUGGCCUCUGCUCUCUGUACAAACCAGUCAACCCUGAGAGAGCUGGAGCUGAGAGGGAAUAAGCUGGGGGAAUCGGGAAUGAAGCUGACUGCUGCACUGAAGCAUCCAAACUGUAAAUUAGAGAAACUGGGGCUGGAGGGGUGUGAUCUCACAGGGAAUUGCUGUGAGGACCUGGCCUCUGCUCUCUGUACAAACCAGUCAACCCUGAGAGAGCUGCAGCUGAGGAAGAAUAACUUGGGGGAAUCGGGUAUGAAGCUGACUGCUGCACUGAAGCAUCCAAACUGUAAAUUGGAGAAACUGGGGCUUGAGUGGUGUGAUCUCAGAGGGGAUUGCUGUGAGGACCUGGCCUCUGCUCUCUGUACAAACCAGUCAACCCUGAGAGAGCUGCAGCUGGGAUGGAAUAACUUGGGGGAAUCGGGAAUUAAGUUGCUGACUGCUGCAGUGAAGCAUCCAAACUGUAAAUUAGAGAAACUGUGGCUGGGGCGGUGUGAUCUCACAGGGGAUUGCUGUGAGCACCUGGCCUCUGCUCUCUGUACAAACCAGUCAACCCUGAGAGAGCUGGAACUGAGAUGGAAUAAGUUGGGGGAAUUGGGGAUGAAGCUGACUGCUGCACUGAAGCAUCCAAACUGUAAAUUAGAGAAACUGGGGCUGGAGCUGUGUGAUCUCACAGGAGAUUGCUGUGAGGAUCUGGCCUCUGCUCUCUGUACAAACCAGUCAACCCUAAGAGAGCUGCAGCUGAGAGGGAAUAAGCUGGGGGAAUCGGGAAUGAAGCUGACUGCUGCACUGAAGCAUCCAAACUGUAAAUUAGAGAAACUGGGGCUGAAGCAGUGUGGUCUCACAGGGGAUUGCUGUGAGGAUCUGGCCUCUGCUCUCUGUACAAACCAGUCAACCCUGAGAGAGCUGCAGCUGGGAUGGAAUAAGCUGGGGGAAUCAGGAAUGAAGCUGACUGCUGCACUGAAGCAUCCAAACUGUAAAUUAGAGAAACUGGGGCUGGGGCGGUGUGAUCUCACAGGGGAUUGCUGUGAGGACCUGGCCUCUGCUCUUUGUACAAACCAGUCAACCCUGAAAGAGCUGGAACUGAGAUGGAAUAAGUUGGGGGAAUUGGGGAUGAAGCUGACUGCUGCACUGAAGCAUCCAAACUGUAAAUUAGAGAAACUGGGGCUGGAGCAGUGUGGUCUCACAGGGGAUUGCUGUGAGGACCUGGCCUCUGCUCUCUGUACAAACCAGUCAACCCUGAGAGAGCUGGAGCUGAAAGGGAAUAACCUGGGGGAAUCAGGAAUGAAGCUGACUGCUGCACUGAAACAUCCAAACUGUAAAUUACAUAAACUGGGGCUGGUUGGUAAUCAGUUCAGUGAGGAGGAGAAGAGGAGAUUGAAGUCUCUGCAAGUGGAGCUGAGGAGAUCGGGGCGUUACGUGACUGUGGAGGUGUAACCAGUCCAGUCAGGGGGGAAAGGGGAGCUGCAGAUAUCUAUGACACAGAGACUGGAUACAGCAUCUCCACACUGUGAGGGAAUAAGAGACACAGAGACUGGAUACAGCAUCUCCACACUGUGAGGGAAUAAGAGACACAGAGACUGGAUACAGCAUCUCCACACUGUGAGAGAAUAAGAGACACAGAGACUGGAUACAGCAUCUCCACACUGUGAGGGAAUAAGAGACACAGAGACUAGAUACAGCAUCUCCACACUGUGAGACAAUAAGAGACACAGAGACUGGAUACAGCAUCUCCACACUGUGAGGGAAUAAGAGACACAGAGACUAGAUACAGCAUCUCCACACUGUGAGACAAUAAGAGACACAGAGACUGGAUACAGCAUCUCCACACUGUGAGGGAAUAAGAGACACAGAGACUGGAUACAGCAUCUCCACACUGUGAGGGAAUAAGAGACACAGAGACUGGAUACAGCAUCUCCACACUGUGUGGUGUAGAUCAUAUAGACUUUGUCAUCACAUUGCAAAUGUUGUGAAUAUUAUAUAUUUUAACAGAAAUUUAAACCUAAUGAACUCUAAUCUAAUGCGUCUAACUUUGCCUGACAGACACCUAUGUAACACCUGGAAUACGCAGAAACAAAAGGCUACUCAAACCUCUUUGAGAUUUAAAUCAAAUCGAAAUCGAAUGUUAAAACCAAUUGAAGCAUCUCCAUUACCAGCCACGACCAAUCAGUGUAAUUGCUUUAUGAAGUUUUUGAAUAACAAAAUUGAAAACAUAAGAUUUCAAUUAUUGGUUGACAACACUGAUAUUGUUUCAAUUGAAAAUACCCUUAUCCUUACUGGACCAGUCUUAUCAGACUUUGCUAAGGUUACUCCAUCUGUCUUGUUUGACACAGUCACAAAGUUGAAAACUACCAGUUGUCUCUUAGAUCCCAUUCCCACUUCCUUGUUUAAGUCCUGUUUUUCAGCCUUGGGUUCCUUCAUUACUAAUCUUAUUAAUAAAUCUUUGAAUUCUGGAGUAGUGCCCUUAGGUUUUAAAUUGGCUGCUAUACACCACUGCUUAAAAAGCCCACUUUGGAUGCCUCUGCAUUCUGCAAUUAUAGGCCCAUUUCUAACUUACCCUUCCUGGCCAAAGUUUUAAAUGGGUUGUACAAUUACAGUCCUUUCAGUCUGGGUUCAGACCUGCCCAUAAUACUGAAACUGCUUUAGUUAAGGUAGUUAAUGACUUAUUGAUGGCUGCAGACUCUGGUUCUUUUAGAUGUGCUGCUUUUGAUACUGUAAAUCACGAAAUUUUGUUACACCGUCUGAAAUCUGUGAUUGGUCUUUCUGGUAUAGUUUGAAUUGGUUCACAUCUUAUCUUUCUGAUAGAACACAGUUUGUUACAUUGGGUGGCACUAAAUCUGACAUUUGCCCAUUGAAAACUGGUGUCCCACAGGGCUCUGUUUUGGGACCAGUUUUAUUUAUUAUUUAUUUACUUCCUCUUGGUCAAAUAAUCAGCCGACAUGGUAUUCAAUUCCAUUCCACAGUCAAUUCCACAGUCAACUUUAUUUGAAAACUACACCAGAUAUUACUGUGGCUAUCUCUCUAUUGAAUAAUUGUUUAGCUGACAUAAAGACCUGGUUACAGCAAAACUUCUUACAGCUUAAUUGCAGCAAAACAGAGGUAAUGUUAGUGGGUUCGCCGCAUCAGAUCUCAAUGGCAGCUGAUUUUAGCCUUGAAAUUGAUGGACGAGAUCAGUCCCACUUCACUGGUUACCAAUCUUGGUGCGAGACUGUUAUAAUUUGAGGAUCAUAUUAAGAAUGUCUGCAAAGUGUCUUUCUUCCACCUUAGGAACAUUGCUAGACUUUAAGGUUAUCAACAGGUUACAAUAUGUUCAAAAUAGUGCUGCCCGUGUUCUCAAUAAGACCAAGAAACAUGAGCAUACAGUGGCUCUCAAACGUAUUCACCCCCCUUGGACUUUUCCACAUUUUAUUGUGUUACAACAUGGAAUCAAAAUGGAUUUAAUCAGGAGUUUUUGCCACUGAUCAACACAAAAAAAGUCCAUAAUGUCAAAGUGAAAAAUAAAAUCUACAAAUUGUUCUAAAUUAAUUACAAAUAUAAAACAGAAAAUAAUUGAUUUUCUGUUUUAUAUUUGCUAUGACACCAACUACGCCACCCAGCUCCUGGUCCAGGCGCUGUUACUCUCCCGCCUAGACUACUGCAACUCCCUCCUGGCUGGCCUCCCUGCAUCCGCCACCCGUCUGCUCCAGCUCAUCCAGAACUCCGCUGCUCGCCUGGUGUUCUCUCUGCCUCGCUUCUCCCACGCAACUCCACUGCUCCACUCACUCCACUGGCUCCUGAUCACCGCUCGCAUCCAGUUCAAGUCUCUUGCACUCGCCUACAGAUGCCUUGACCAGACUGCACCCAGCUACCUCUAGACCCUCAUCUCUCCCUACACCCCCACUCGACCUCUCCGCUCCUCCUGCACUAGAAGACUGGCUCUACCUCCUCUACGCUCCCCUGCCUCCACAGCCCGCUCCUUCUCCACCCUCGCCCCGCAGUGGUGGAAUGACCUUCCUACAGAUGUCAGGACUGCCCAGUCCCUGACCAUCUUCCGGCACCUCCUCAAGACUCACCUCUUCAGACAGCACCUGUAGAAACUCCUCUUUUCCAUCUGGACACUUAUCACUCUUCCUUAAAUGCACUUUACUUGCUCUUAUCUGCUCCCUAUUUUACUGCAUUAAAUCCUGUACUUUAGAGUACUGUAAUCUGUCAAGUAUCAUUUAAUCUGUAGUAUUUUGUAUUUAAUUAUAUCCUGAUGUAACUAUCACUGACACUGUUAUCUGCUCCGUUAUUGAAUCGUAUUUUGUCAUAUACUUGUACUUGCUAGAACCGAAGUGAUUGUAUUUUAUCUUGCUAUUAAUUGUAUUAAUAUUUGUACUGUGAUUCCUGGAAUGUAUUUUUGUUUACGACUGUAAGUCGCCCUGGAUAAGGGUGUCUGCUAAGAAAUAAAUAAUAAUAAUGACACACCUAAAUAAGCUCUGGUGCAACCAAUUGUCUUUAGAAGUCACAUAAUUAGUUGAAUGGAGUCCAGCUGUGUGCAAUUAAGGUGUUUCACAUGAUUUCAGGUUAAAUACACCUGUCUCUGGGAGGUCCCACAGUUGGUUAGUACAUUUCCUAACAAAAACUACAUCAUGAAGAUGAAGGAACAUUUAAAGCAAAUCCGGAAUAAGGUUCUUCAAAAGCACCAAUCAGGGGUAGGAUAUAAGAACAUUUCCAAGGCAUUGAAUAUCCCCCGGAGCACGGUAAAGUCCAUUAUUAAGAAAUGGAGAGAAUAUGGCACAACUGUGAAUCUGUCUAGAACAGGCCGUCCUCAAAAACUGAGUAUCCGGGUGAGAAGGGCACUAGUCAGGGAGGCCACCAAGAGGCCUAUGGCAACUCUAAAGGAGUUACAGUCUUCCACGGCUGAGCUGGGAGACACUGUGCAUACAGCAACAAUAGCCUGGGUGCUUCACAAAACUGGCCUUUAUGGGAGAGUGGCAAAAAGAAAGCCAUUGUUGAAAAAAACUCACAUCAAAUCUCGGCUAGAGUUUGCCAGAAGGCAUGUGGGAGACUCUGAGACCAAGUGGAAGAAGAUUCUAUGGUCUGAUGAGACCAAAAUAUAGCUUUUUGGCCUCAACGCUAAGUGCUAUGUUUGGCGCAAGCCUAACACUGCACAUCAUCCUGAGAACACCAUCCUUACCGUGAAGCAUGGUGGUGGCAGCAUAAUGCUAUGGGGAUGCUUCUCUGCGUCAGGGCCUGGAAAGCUUGUGAAGAUAGAGGGCAAAAUGGAUGCAGCAAAGUACAGAGAAAUCCUGGAGUAAAACCUGCCGAAGUCUGCAAGAGACCUGGGACUUGGGAGAAGAUUCAUCUUCCAGCCGGACAAUGACCCCAAACAUACAGCCAGCCACACUAGAGUGGCUUAAAAACAAAAAGGUCAAUGUCCUGGAGUGGCUCAGUCAAAGCCUGGACCUCAAUCCAAUUGAGAAUAUGUGGAAAGAGUUGAAAAUUGCUGUUCACCAAAGGUCCCCAUCCAACUUGACAGAGCUUGACCAAUUUUGCAAAGAAGAAUGGACAAAAAUUGCAGUGUCCAGAUGUGCAAAGCUGGUAGAGACUUAUCCAAAUAGACUCAUGGCUGAAAUUGCUGCCAAAGGUGCCUCUACUAAGUAUUGACUCAAGGGGGUGCAAUCAAUUAUUUUCUGUUUUGUAUUUGUAAUUAAUUUAGAACAAUUUGUAGAUUUUAUUUUUCACUUUGACAUUAUGGACUUUUUUUGUGUUGAUCAGUGGCAAAAACUCCUAAUUAAAUCCAUUUUGAUUCCAUGUUGUAACACAAUAAAAUGUGGAAAAGUCCAAGGGGUGUGAAUACUUUUGAGAGCCACUGUAUAUCUCCUGUCCUUGCUUCUCUCCACUGGCUGCCAGUCAAAUAUAGGAUUGAUUUUAAGGUUUUAUUACUAACUUAUAAAUCCUUACAUUCUCAAGGCCCUGCCUGUCUUAGGGAUCUCCUUCAGUACCACAAAAUCAAAAAGCAACUCAUCCCGGACUCUGAACCACGUGCAGAUACUGCUUUGGUAUUGUCUGACUCAGUUACUAACGCUCAAAAGUUUUUUUUGUGCUGAAGGUGUACAAGAGUUUAAGAAUGCAUUAUCUGAACUUACUGAUGAAGUUAAGGCAAUUCGGACAGACAUGCAACUCGUUAAGUCUAGACUUCAGGAGAUAUAUAUAUAUAAAAAAAUUCCCCUCAUUCCCUGCUCAUUACACUGACUGGGUGGGCUUCCCUCCUGCGACUGUGUCCUAUUUUGACUUUCUCCUACUUUUUAUUUCAAUCUAAUCACUUUUCUCUAUCAAUGGAUCACAGCAAAUGCAUGUGUUCAUCAGGCUGUUAUUGGACUAUGAUGCAGUUGUAGAAGCAGGGACUCUUGUUGGUCUGUGCAUGGAAGGUAUCUGUUUGGACAAAAACUGCAACUACACGCUUUUCAAGCAGUUCUGUCCCUUGUUUUCUUUAUAUAUAGAAUGAAUAAUCUAUUGAAAUAUGAUUAAACAUAGAAAAUUGAAAUCGGGAAAUUUUUUAUACUUUUUGAUACAGUAUUGUUAUCACUUGCAUAUAAAUACUUAUUUGCCCUGAGUGUUUUUUUUUUUUUUCAGGGUGACUCUUAAUAAUUCACAGCAAUGUAACUAUAAUUCAAUUUCUUAUUUGCAAGUUCACGAUAUAAAUGAGUGCAUGUAUGAUCGCCGAUUUAGUUUAAACACAACCGAAGCUAGUACGUUUGUUGCCAGUUAAAUCGAGGCAACAGCAUAUGCCUCUGCUGUAUCCUCGGCUACUGGUUGACAAGUCUCUUCAUGUUUUUAUAUUUGUGAAAUUAUUUUAUUCUUGUUUUCCUUAUCAAUUAAUGUCUUUAUUUUUAUGUAAUAAGUUAGGGUUUCUUGUGCUUACUACAUUCACUUGUUGGCAAUGAUAUGGCUACCAGCAUAGCUUUAUCUGUCUGCUCAGAAUGAUAUACAUUUUAUUACGCUGCAUUUCUUCAUUCACAUUGAUGUAUGUUGUUGUGUAUGGUAUUAUGUAUGGUUUCUGUGAUAUCUAUUAUGUGGAUUUUUACCACUCCGUGCUUCCAGUUGCUCUGUUCUUUGAUGUUGCAGUGUGUAUCAUCUGAGGGGCGAUUGCUUGGGGAGUGAAUCAUGAUUAAUGCAAAUAUUGUGUCAUGGAACGUGCAAGGACUUAAUACUCCGAUCAAGAGAGCAAAAUGCCUUGAUUUUCUGCACUGCAAACAUGUAGCUAUUGCUCUUGUACAGGAAACUCACCUAAGAUCCGGUGAUGUACAUUGAUUUCAAAAUAAACAUUUUAAAAUUAUUUCCCACUCAUGUGCCUCAACUUAGACGAAAGGUGUGAUUAUUUUAGCUGAAGGAAAACUAAAUGUUACCAUUGAAGGACACGGAGGCGAAGGUAGAUUCGGUUUGGUCACUAUUGUUUUAAAUAAAAUCAAAUUAUCUCUGG